AUGUCUGCUUUAUUUAAUUUUCAAUCGUUAUUGCAAGUGAUAUUAUUGUUGAUUUGUACAUGUACUUAUAUUCAUGCUACAUGGCCGGUUAUUUUAGAUAAGAACAAGACUGGUGCCCUUGGAGUCUUCUGGAAGUUUGCUAGAAUCGGUGAGAGAUUAAGUCCAUAUGUGGCCAUAGGAUGUUUUGCUAUGGCGUUUAACGUUUUGAGAUCAUAG